AUGUCAUCCGAAGUUGCUGGUUGUACUCAAAUCGCUUCAAAGAGUGUAGAGGGUCGCAUGGAGGCUCAAGUACAGCUCAUGAAGAGUCAAAUUGACUUCCUACAUGAUGCUUUGGCCGAGGUUAAGGAGGCAAACCGAGACUUGUCUCAAAUGCUUUCAAAUCAGCAAGAUAAAGCUAUGGUAAGUUUUGAGAAAAUUGCUGAAAAUUUAAGAGUCUUAUGUGAUCAUUUUGAAGUUAAACAAGUACCCUCGUAUGCUGGAAUGUUGCAAGUGUCAUUGCCUUUGUUUUAUGGUUGUCAUAGAGAAUAUGAUACUUGGGAAAAGAGCAUAGAGAAUUUGUUUGUGUUGCUUAACAUAGAGAAAGAGAGUGAGAAAAUAGCCUUAGCUAUAGGUUGUUUUUGUUCUAAUGCUUUGAAUUGGUGGAAGCUAGUUUCAAAUAUCUAUUCGCAUUAUUGGUAUCGUAAUUUUGAUGAUUGGCAUGAUUUGAGAAGUGCUUUGCGAGAAAGAUAUGCUGGUACUAACACCUUUGAUGAAGCAAAAGUGAAGUUGCUCAAUUGUAAGCAGAAUGGUAAAUCCAUUCAAUCUUACUUUGAGGAACUAGAAGGGUUGUUUCUGAGUUCAGAAGUGGAUGAGAACGACUAUAUGUUGACAGACCGUUUCCACUAUGGCUUGGACAAGUGUUUCAAACAACACCCAAAGAUAAGGAGACAAUCAAGGCUCUAUGAGGCAUACUAUGCUGCCUUAGAAGUGGAAAGAGAGCAUGAUAUUUCUUGUGGUUGGAAUGGUCCAAUUGAGGAUCAGGGGCCAAUCAAGGAAGAAAGGAUGGAUCUUGACUACCUAUGUGAUAGGGAGUUGGUUCAAGAGAGCUAUGAUCAAGGUGAUGAGAAUGUCAUUAACUUUGGGGUUCUUGAGUGGACGGCCUAUUUGAUCAAAGUGUUCAAGAUUGAGUCCAUUGCUACACAAUUGGAUAGGCCAAUCAAGGAAGAAAGGAUGGAUCUUGACUACCUGUGUGAGAGGGAGUUGGUUCAAGAAAGCUAUGAUCAAGAUGAUGAGAAUGUCAUUAUCUUUGGAGUUCAAACCAAAGGACAUGAUGACCUCAAGGAAAUAAGUGCUCAAGAGUAUCAAAGGAGUUUGACUCUAGGUGCUCCAUGA